CGAUCGGCAAAUAGUCUUUUAUAUUUUUUUAUGUUUAUAAAAAAAAACAUGAAGCAGUGGAUUGACCAAAGAGUAAACGAUGGAUGUAUUAAUUAUUUUGUUUAUGAUGAAUUUAAUAAUCUAGAAACUUUAUGUCAAACUGUGAAAAAAGCUAAUUGGGAAGAUCGAAACAUUACCGUUGCGUUGAAAUUUUUGAAUAACUUCAAUAUUCCUGCUGAUAGCGAUCUUAAAGAAUUUAUUAUUAAGUUAAAAGCUCUUCGUAUAAUUUACUUUAACCAAAACAUUAAUCGUUUUUAUGGAAUAACGAAAGACUCCGAUGGAAAUUAUUUUUCGAUAUUGGAAUACGCUAACGAAGGGAACCUGAGAGAUUAUUUAAAAAAUAAAUUUAGUAAAUUACAAUGGGACGAUAAAGUUCAUAUGGCUUUAGAUAUUACCGGAGGAUUAAUGUGUUUACAUUCCAAGAAAAUUAUUCAUGGAGAUUUGUAUGCACAUAAUAUUUUAGUUCAUCAUGGUGCAUUAAAAAUUGCAGGAUUCGGAUUAUUCAAGCAACUGGAAUCUACAUUAGCAUCUGAAAAUUUAGUUUAUGUUGAACCACAUUACCUUCGUGAUAAAAGUUAUAAGCGAGAUAUGAAAUCUGAUAUUUAUAGUUUGGGUAUUCUUUUAUGGGAAUUGUCAAGUGGUCGUCCUCCUUUUUCUAACUAUGUACAUGAUUUAGCUCAAUUAGGGAACAAAGUUUUAGUUGGAUUAAGAGAAGAUCAGAUUGAAAAUACACCUUUGGGAUACGUGCAGCUUUACCAAAAGUGUUGGCAAGAUGAUCCAAAUAUAAGACCUACAAUUAAUGAAGUUUAUAAUAUUUUAUCUCACUUAAAAUCACAAAUCAACAAAACCAAAAAUGAGCAUCAUAUGGACUUAGAAUAUAAAGAAAUGUCUAUUGCAGAAAUAUUUGGAAGUUCAUUAAAUAAACAACAAAUAAUUGAACAAUUUAGGAUAAAUCAUGGAUUAAUUUUAACUGGUGAAAGUAUACGACCAAGUAAACAAGCUAUUAUUUCUGAAAAUGGUGAAUUAAAAAUGAAUGUAUACGAGGGGCAACCUAUAGUAUAUACGUAUAUUAAUUAUGAAUGUGAUAAUGAUGAGUCAUCAGAUAUAUGUAUCAAUUUUCCAAUUGCUGAAAUUAUUUACAACGGAAAUUUGCAAGAAUCUUUUUCAAAAUAUAUGGAUAUCGACGAUGAACUAUAUGAAUUGUAUGGUCAUUUUCUUGCAAGUAAAUUUUUAGUCGGUAAUCAAUUGUUUAUCCAAGACUUUAAUUUAGCUAAUUCAACGCAGAGGAAUAUAUUAAAAUUUUAUUUAUUCCAUGUAUAUAAUUUGGCUAAAUGUUCUGCGAAAAUUCAGAUGAAUAGUAUAUUUACUUUGAAUCUUUUACCAAAAAUAGUAACAUUGGAUGGGAAAGAAUUAGAUACUCAUGAAAAAUUUGUUAAAUGGAUGAAUGAAUUGCAUCAAAAGAAAUCUUUAUAUUUAUCUUCUUAUGAUGAUCUUAUUCCUAUUUCUCAAUUAAGAUCGUCAUCAAUAGAUGAAUCUGAUGAAUCUGAAAUUUUUAACGAAAAACAACCCGGAGUGGCUGAUUUUAAAGAAAAGUUAAGUUUAGAAGAAUGGCUUGGAAAUGCGAUUCAUAAUAAUCUAAUGAGUUGGGCCAGAGAUUUUCAACUUUUUCAAGGAUUAAAAAUUAAUAAUAAUUAUAAAAUAGAAAAUAGCAAGAAAAAUGCCUUUGACUUUAUCAAAAUUCCUAAAGUCAAUUUACAGCAUAAAUAUUGUUUGAAAAUAAUUAAUCCACAAACAAAGUUGGGAGAAAAAUUAAUAUCAAAUAAUAUCUUUACGUAUAAAAGUACCACACCUUUUUCAUUUAUUAAAAGUAAUGAUGAAAAUUGUGGAGAAUAUAAUCAUGCUCUAAUUAAGUGUGAACAAUAUGAAAUUCUCUUAAAUAAGAAUCAUAUAAAACCUACAAAAAAAUUUGAAGAAGCCGUAGCAAAAGCACUUAAUAGUAUUAACCCGGUAAAAGAUUUACAAAACAUAUUUAAUGAAUAUGGUCAUUUAUUUUCACGAAGAAUUGUCUUAGGAAGGUCUCUUAAAAAUAUUUUUCCGAAUAUUUCAUCAUCUAAUACGUUUAAUGAUUCUAAUGGCAUUAAUGAAAUAUUUGAAUCAUUAAAUAAAUUAGAUAUUUCAUAUUUUUUAACACAAAAGGGGAAAAUUAUCGAAAAAAAUGAUUUAUUCCAUUGGAUUCAAACCACAAAUAAUCACUUGGAGAUUAUUGAACUUGACGAUAUUAUUCAUCUCUACAAAAUUCUUAAAGCGGAGCAACAAAAACAAAUAGAUGAUAUAUUGAAUAACAAUUUUAGAAUUAUAUUGACAGGAAUUACUGAUUUGAAAGAUUUAAAUAGUAAAAACGUUGAGCAUUACAAACGUAUUAAUUUAGAAUCGUCAUUGGGAAAUGAAGAUUAUAAAGUAUUUGGAUCAAUUAUUUCCGAAAACAAUUUAAAAUUAGAAGAAUUUUAUGUUGAUUUUGGAUUAUAUGACUUUAAUGGAUUUUGCGCAAUAAUAAAAAAAAUAAAAGAAACGAGUAUUGAUGUAACGAAAUGUAAUGUUUUCUGGAUGAUUAUUGGAAAUCCUUUAAAAUUAUCAGCUCUUAGCCCACAUAAUCGAGAUGUUUUAGUUAAAUGUUUUAAAGGAUCAAUAUCAUUACAACCUAAUCAAUUAAAUUAUCAUAUUAAAGUUCCUUUUCCAUUACUGCAAAGAGAUACUAUUUUUUUUAAUGCACCUUCUAAAGAAUUUGGACAUGGAACUAUCGAAUUAAUUAAUUGGACAUAUGAUUCUAUUGAUAUUAAGUUUAUAUUAUUUAACAAUAGUUAUGACCAACCUAAUAUAAAUAAUAUAGACUUAAAUAUUUGCAUUCUAUCUUCAUAUUUUGAAAAUUUAAAUAUUGAUAACAGAAAAGAGGAAUGUUCUUUAAACCUAAUCGGAGUUAUUUUAACCGAAAGUCUUUUUACCCAGCAAAAAGAAGAAUCAGAUGUUAAUUAUAUAUUUAUUAAAACAAUAGGAAAACCAACUCCUAAACUAGAUCGUUUAAAUCUAACAGAUAAUUUAUCUAAUAUUCGUUUAGAACUUAUAAAGCGUAAUAUCAUCGAUGAAACACUAGCAUUUUCUAAAAAAACUCCUGAAAAUGAAUUUGCUGAAAUAGAACGUGAGAAUGAAGAAAUAUUUUUCCUAAAAAAUAUUAUAGAUGAUGUUAAUUCAUGCUAUUUUUUAUAUUUAAUAAAAAAUUCAAGACCGAGUUGGAAAAUUUUAAAUGAAAAAUGUAAAUUAGAUUAUGGGUGUACCAUGAGUUUUGAUGGAAUAAAGAAAGCUGAUAAGAGAGCAUUUAUAAUGAAAGAUUGUGAAUUAACUGAAAUCAAAACUGGAGGAUAUGAAAGAGAUAAACUUGAGUUUGAAUCAAAAGAAGAUUGGAUGAAGAAAACAAAUUUAUUUAUUGAAGGAGAUUGCGAUGACGUUAAUAUAUUGAAUUUUGUAAAAUUAGGAUUAUCAUCAAUAAAAGGAUUGAAAGAUGAAAAUUUUGAUAACGAAGUUAAGUCAACUUAUCAAUAUACGGAACUUGCCAAAGUGUCGUUGAGAGUUAGUAAAAAAAAUUUAGUAUUAACUGAAGACUUUGAAAAUGACAUCAAUGAUGCUAUAGAAUCCAAAGAUCCUAGAAAAUUUAGGAAAAUUACUAAGAGAUAUGGUCAAUUUAUUCCAACUGAAAUUAUUUUGGGAGGAAGAGUUUAUACUAAAGAUACCAAAAUAUCGUUAGAAAGUUCUGCAGAUAAUUCUAUAGAAGGCUCUGUAAACACAAGCGUCGGUCCAUUAAAUCUUAGAAGUGGAUACAACUAUAAUAAUUCAUGUAAAAAGUCAAAAUUUUAUAGCUCUAAUCGCAUGAAAAUACUUGGGGGAAGGCAUCCUAAUGAUGAAAACUUUGAUGAAAAAACUUGGAUUGAAUCAUUAGAAGAUUAUCAAAUCUGGGAUUGUAUAGAAUAUAAAGAUCCCAUCAGUAUUUUUCAAUUUUUGCCUGAUGAUUUGCGUAAAAAAACCAUUGAAUCUAUUGGGAAAAGAAUUCUUUAUACGAGUACUGAGGAUUAUGAUUAUGAGUUAUAUGAACUUGGAAGACAUGGAAUUUUCGAAUUAAAAAAUUUGCCAAAUUUGCCAGAUAAUAUCUUUAAUGAAGAAGCUGAUAGUGAUGUUUUUGCAACAGUUGUUGAUACUGGCGAGGAUUCAAAUAAUGUUUUUUUUAACUGUCAAAUUCUCAAAAAACAAAAAGCGAGACCCAGUAUUAUAAUUCAUGGUAUUAUUCAAGAAAAAUUUAAACAACUUAAAUAUCAAUUGAAAAUUAAAAUAAUGAUUAUUGGAUUUGAUAUAUAUUUUAAUCACAUCCUUUCUGAUACAAGUGUUUUCUUAUAUAAAGAUGAAUAUAAAACAAAAAGUUCAUGUUUGUUUGACAGUAUGAACUACAAACUUGAAUAUGAAUUAAUAACAGGAAAUAUCCCUUUCUUAGGAAUUCCUAUAUUAAAUAGAUUGGAUUCUUCGAAUAAUUCCAUUAUUAUUGGACAUAAUUUUUGCAAUAUUCAAUCUAAUAAUAAAUUUAGAAUAGACACAUUUUCUUAUUGUGUAAAAAACAAACGUUAUGUUAAUUUACCUGAUUUUUCUUUUUGCAUACUUAUUAUUUCUAAUAAUACUACUCAAUCAUUUCCUUUUGAAUUUGGCUGGUGGAACAAACCAUAUAUUAAUUUUAAUGAACCUAAUCCAAGAUACGUUAGUUUAUAUUUAACAAAAGAUAUUAAUUAUAGCCCAAUUUUUUUGAAUCAAAAGAGCAAGCAAAUUACUAUAGAAUAUGUUAAAUGUGAUUGCGACAAUACUUGUUCUAUUUGUAAGAAUAAAACAUUAAAAAUAACGGCCUACCAAAAUGAUGCUGAAUGUAAAGUAUAUUCUAUAAGUUAAAUUCAAUUUAUCAUUUAACUAAUUUAAUUUGUUUUGAAUAUUAUAAAUACACUAAAAUAAGAUAAUUUUCUAUUAUUAGUGAUAACAUUGUGAUAAUUUGAAUGAUAUGAACAAUAUAUAUAUAAUUUAG